AUGAUGCGACUCCUUACCCUUCUCCUGCUGGGCAUCCUCUAUCCGGCAACACUCGCCCGCUCCGAGAACCGCUUCCGCCGCCCGCCGGGUCCCGGUCCGACGGGGGACUACCGGGACAACCCCGUCUACACUCUCGGGGACGAGAUCGACCUACAGUGGGAGACGAGCUUCAAGGCCGUCGAUGUGGUGCUGUGGCAGCAGCAGCCGAAGGGCAACACGAAGCCGGCAUUUUCGAGGCUUGCGGUCAACUCAAAGGCAAAGAGCCUGGUAUGGACCGUGGGCUACGCCGGGUUCCCCUCAAAUCACGACCCGGAGCUGAGUCCGGUGUACUUUGUGCAGCUCUUCAAGACUGGAGAGACGACGGGGAACGUGACGUCGCAUUACUUCAACAUCACGAAGCCCGUGAGCACGACGUCGUUUUCGUCUUCAUCCGUGAGCAGGACACUGUCGCUUCAGACGUCGUCGACGACGAGUACCCCGUCCACCACCACCCCCGCCACUCUCGCCCUCGGACCGGCUAUCACAACAUCAUCACCUUCCCCAUCGACGACGACGAUGACGACGACAACACCAGCGUCUGAAGACCGAUUAUCCAGCGGCACGGUUGCCGGCAUCGCGGUGGGCGCGACGCUGGGGGCGAUCUUGGUUCUCGUCCUCGCCGCGUGGGUCGUCGUCCGCAGACGCGUGCUGAGGAGGAAGAUGGCGGUUCACACGCAGAGCGACAUCGUACAGUACGCCGCGCGGCAGCUGCGCGAGAAAGACGGCGUCUUCACCGUCGACACCGAGAGCCGCGAGUGCUUCGAGGUGGAGGCGCCCGGGACAAGGCACGAGAUGGCUGCCGAGCCUGUUGAGUUGGAGGAUCGGAGAGGGAGGUUGUGA